AGUCACUGGACCCAAGACGCCACGUGGUAAUGUUUACUAUCGGGUUUUCGCAGAUUUCGUGUGUUAACACUUAAGCGAAAGUCUUUUACCCGCAAGACAAUGGUUACCAUAGCUUCUCAGCUGGAGUCAAGAGAAAAACAGCUCAGUCACUGUGAGAAGGAGCUUGACAGGGUACAGACCUCUUUGAGACUAGGUGGGCUGACAGAGGAACAUAGGACCAACCUUCAAGAUAAGGAAAGAAGUCUUAAGAGGGAAAUACAUUCUCAUGAAAAGAAAAUGAAAGAACUACGCAAAGAGAACUGGAAAUCUGCCGUGGUGUCUGUAAUUUUACUAGGCUUGAUAUUCAUCCUAUACAAAUAUCUUACAACUGAUUCCUGAUGAUGAAAAGGUGAUGCUGUAGUGGAAGUGUAGACUGUCAUGGAUGAAUUGUGCGCAUGAAAGAAUGGUAUGAAAAAAAUAUGGUCGGUCAUAAUGUGUAAUCUUUGUUCACUGGAAAUAUGUGAUUAUGUAGUAAAAUUUUUGCCGGACCAUUUUUGUCUGUUUUUGUAGUAUACCUACCUAUUUGUCACAUACAGUUCUUGUACAUAAUGAUGGCAUUGUAGCCUUUGAUAUACACGAGCAUGUGUAAUGUAAAUAUGUAUUUAAUCUGAUCGUGUCCAUUUAAAUAAAUGUGAAAGAAUUGUAUGUAGUGAUAUUCAUGCGCAAGUUUCUUAUUUCUGUAUUUGUGACAUAACCCAUAUCCCAAACUGUAUUUUAAGUUAUUCAGGGCCAAUCAUACAUGUGUUUCUAAUAUAUAUGUUGUUUGUGUUAUCUUUGUAUUAAAUUCUAUCAUUGAUUUUUUUCAUCUUGAUUUCACAAGUAAGUGCUCUUCUUUCGCAAAGUCCGCAGUCCUACACAUAUCGUUGAUUAUGUUGACCUGAAAUUGGACAGAUAUACCAUGGCAACAGCUCUGUGGCACUGCCAUACAUGCAGUAUGCUAUCUUGAGACUGAAGUAUCUGUUAAAGUGUCCCUUAGCUGGUUGUUGUCUAUAAUUAAAGCCAUAUUUUUGACAAUCCUGAAGACUUCCACACAACAUUGUUACCUGGUUUCUGACAGGUAAAAAGUCACAAACA